AUGUGGUUUCCAUUUGGAUGUGGACGGUUAUGGUUGUUUUGCGUGUUCACCGAGUUCUUCCAGACGGUUGACGGUGUGCAGCUAAGCCGCGAUCGAAAGACGAUUGUCUUCACGUACAAUCCCGCGCAUCGCAUCACAGCACCAGACGCGGAGGCGACGGUUGAGCACGGGCUGACAAUGGUGCAUUUCACGCACACUCGUUUCGUGGACCUGUCAGACACCGUCAAUCUGACCAGCAUGCCAUACCUGCACGGCGUGGUGGAUGCUUUCAAAGUGGAUCAUCCUGCUGUGGGUGGGCGAGGCCUGGAAGGCGCUGACAGCUGCAACGAUGCAGAGGAGCUGGUGGAGAGCAGGUUGCGUUCCUACUUCAUGGUGGCCGCUGCUGGUUCACCUGCACAGCAUGUAUUCGGCCGGCAUGUAUUCUCCAGCCUUACACAUGUCUCUUGUCUUAUUUUUUCAGACUUCCAUCACUCGCAAACUAUUGUGUAG